AUGUCUUGCCUAGUCGGUUUAUUUCGAUGGCUUCUCUACUGUUACAUUUAUCCGCAACCAUACCAUAAUCAGCAAAACGACAAGUUUGAGACCAUUCAAUCUCGUGCCCCGUUUCUGGCCUGUGCUCGGCCAGCUCCGAUAUUUGUACCCAACAGCCUUUACACGCGAUUUUGUGCUCACCCACCCUUUGCCGAAUUGGACGACAAGUCCCUCCAACAUAAAAGCGCCCACAUGAACACGUUAUUUUGUAGCAACCCGAUCUGA